CCCUUGUCUGCCGCAGCCCUGCACGGCUGCACUGGCUUCCCAGUUUGCAAACCCUUCUCGCCGUCAUCCCCAUCCUCGUAAGCUCCUGCGGCGGCGGCGAAUUCCCCCUGUGUCUGUAUUCUCCGAUGGCCACCAAAUCUCACAAGAAGAGGAAGCCUUCUGCCUCCAACCCCUCUAUCAAUCCCAAGCCCACCUCCUCCGACAAGAAACCCAAGCCCCCGAAGACCACCGAGGACCAGCCGGAGAAGGCGGCGGCGGACAAGAAACCGAAUAAGCAGAAGGCGAGGGACGAGAUCGACGAGAUCUUCAGCGCCGCCAAGGCGGGCAAGAAGCGGAAGCCGGCGCAGCGGGAGGAGGCUGAGGCCCAGGGGGGCAAGCGGAAGAAGCCCAAGGUGAAGGUCGAGGGAGGCAGCAGCAAGAAGAAGAGCAACAAGACCCCGGGGAGUAAGGGUAAGGGUCGGAUGGCGGACGACGACGACGAGGAGUUCGAGGAGAAGCGGCCGCGGCGGCGAACGGCGGACGGGCUCGCCAUAUACUCGGCCGAGGAGCUCGGGUUCGGCAAGGCCGAUGCCGGCGGCACCCCGCUCUGCCCCUUCGACUGCGAGUGCUGCUUCUGAGCUCCCCUCUGGCCUAAGCUGCCUGAUGUAGUGAGGUGAUGUGCCGAGGUGAAAAAAGUGUGUUUGUGUUUUGCAUUGCCUCACAAAUUAUAUGGUGAGCGCACUUAGAUUUGUGCUCUGAUGAAAUUAAAUUUUGGUACAUGUGUUAUAUUCAUUGCUCCUGAGUCCUGAAUGAUGCUGAAAUUAGGGUGCUGAUGACUCAGGAAUCUGUCUUAAAAUUUGUAUCCUAGUGUUUGGUUGAUUACUUCCU